CAAGCACAUAGACAUAGAAAUGGGGAGAUACAGUGUUAAGAGAUACAAAACUAAGAGAAGAACAAGAGAUCUUGAUUUAAUCUAUGAUGAUUUAUCUUCAAAAGAAAGCAUAGUUCGUUUAAAGAACCAACCAUUAGACGAAACCAAACCUGGGUUAGGUCAAUAUUAUUGUAUUGAAUGUGCCAAAUAUUUCGAAACUCAAAUUAGUUUAGAUCGUCAUGGUAAAUCCAAGAUUCAUAAGAGAAGAGUUAAGGAAUUAAAACAAAGACCUUAUACUCCAUUAGAAGCAGAAGCUGCUGCUGGAGUAAACAUGAUAAAGUUCAUGGACUCAGUCGAGAAAUAUAAGCAAUUAGAACAACACAAGGCUGAAAAUAAAGAAGAAUACGAUUCAUUAGUUAACCAAAAGAAGGAUAACUUGGAUGCUAUUAUUACUGGUAUCCCAUCCGAAGAAUUCCAAAAGCAACAACAAGAAGCCACCGGUGAAGUUGUUAUGACUGACUAAAUCAAAAUCUAGAUUUGAUAUAUAUUUGUACAUUAGCAUAUUUUUCAGUUCAUAGGUUUUUUUAUUUCCAUAGAUAUUUGAUUGAUUUUGUUCUUUUGAUUAUUAGUAAACUAGCGCCAGUUAAAAUGGAACUAGUAAUUUAUCUCUGGUUGCAACUCUUUUUUUUUUUUUUGGUACGCAAAUCUAGGAGGAGGACGUUAUCAGGUAACACAAUACUUUCCGAUUAAAGACAUUGAGAAGAUAUAAAAUAUCGGAUCUAUGCAUUUACAUUAUACCCCACCUCCACUCUGUUGAAAUUAUUGUCAUGCUUGGCUGGUUGCGGCUGAUAACUUGGUUACUGAUA